AUGAUUUCUCAGGAUGUUCAGUCGCUUGACAGUAAGUAUACUAUGCUGUCGUUUUUGUCUGAGUACACCAACCUUCCGUACACGGCUGUGUCUGCCCAGGCCCUGAUGGACUAUUUCUUCUGGUACACCUACAUUGCGGAGGUGUACAGCAUUGGCACCAAGUACCUCACCGAGCUGAAGCUCCCAAAGUACGAUCCGGAGUUGUUUUACACUCCCACGACGAGAUCUUAUGAGACGGGAUCUUAUCUGUAUGUACCCAUCGGAAAUGGGACUAAUUCCGGGACCAACGUUCUGAAUGGAUCGCGUCCUAUAGCCUCAAGCUCCACUUCAGACAACAUGGCUGGAACUCACCCAAGCUACUAUGCGGCUGGUGGUUUAGCCGGUCUUCUUGCGCUUGCCUUGAUGUAA